AUGAGCGGCUAUUGUGGAUAUUUAGCAACACUUGCUGGACCUGUGGAUGGUUUAAACCAAGAUGUUGUUGCUAUGACUGCUAAAAUGUCUAAAGGGAUUCAAAGAGGUCUUAUUUUGAGAAAUGAAAAUUCUAAUCUCAAUUAUAACACAGAUUUUAUGCAAAGGCUCUUCAGUGAAGAGGGAAAAGGUUUAUUUAGUUGUCGAUCAAAUAUUAUUGGUCACAUGCAACAAGGUGGUUCACCAGCUCCAUUUGAUCGUAACUUGGAAAAAAAAUGGGUGCUGUUAAAUGGUUCAGUACUGAAUUCAAAAAAUGUACAAAUGCCGAAGCCACGCCAAAGAGCUGUCGUUUGUAAAGAUUGCAAUCCAUUUGAUUGUAAAUCAUUUAUCGAACAUCAAGAUAUGUUAAUAUGGAGAAAGGAAGAUAAAGAAACUGGAUUGUAUGCUUACAAAGGUUUUGGAACAUACUCUGAUGUUUCUGCUGAAGAAUUUCUCCAAGUUCAAGUGGAUAUAGACCAUAGGAAAGUUUGGGAUCCAACUGCUAGAGAACUUGAGAUAAUUGACACUCACCCUAAAUGUGCUUCUGCCAAAGAUUAUCAUAAUGAUGUUAUUUAUUGGAAAAUGUUAUUCUCCAAUCGUGAUUAUAUUGAAGAUCCUGGAAUUAAUAUUCCAGCAGCUGUGACUACAUGGGUUGCUGCGAGUGAACUGCCAGAUUUUUUGUGCCGAAUGAGACAAGCUGCAAAAGAAUAUAAAACUUAUGUUCAGAUACAAAAUGCAUCAGAUCCAAUAUAUGAAUCUGAGGAGACGUUUGAAAGUAAGAAUAUUGAUACACCUCCAGAAAAUGUUAAAAAUGAUGAUUCAAAAAUAGAUAUCAAUGAAAUGGAUAGUGGUGAUAGCACAUCAACAGAAACAACUUUAGAUAGUGAAGAAGAUAGUGAACAGGUACUAGAAAGUGACAUAGAAUUAAGUUCUGAACAGUGCAACCAUUAUUGCAAUAUGGUUGGCAAAAAAAAUUUUGAAAUUUAUUCCACGUGCAAAAUUCAAUUGUGAAAUCAUGUUAUUUUAUAUUCUAUAUCUGUAUUUUAUACAUCAUUUACA